CCAGCGGAGGAAAGUGUUGGUGAAGAGGAGAGGCGCCGUUUUCACUCCUUGGUGGGCAGCCUCAUGUAUGCGGCCGUUCACACAAGGCCAGAUGCAGCCUUUGCUACCGGGCAGCUGGCUAGGGUUGUCCAAUGCCCUAAUGAAGAGCACGUAGCAACUGGAGAGAGGGUGGCCGAGUAACUUGGCCAAACAGCAACUGUUGGACUGCAAUACUCCGCUGCGGCACAAAGGCGUCAAAAGGGUGCGGAUGGAGUCGAACCCGGGAGGCUCUUUCUCACCGCCUUCUCUGAUGCAUCUUGGGCAUCAGAAUCAGAGGACAUGACAAGUGUGGGAGGCUUCAUCUGCUGUGUUGGUGGAGGACCAACAGCUUGGGAGAGCAAGAAACAAGUGGACCAAGCAUUGAGCUCGUUGGAGUCCGAGUACAUGGCACUCUUCCGUGCCAUAAGAGAGGUUGUGUGGCAGCGGCGUUUGCUAGCUGAAUUGGGGGAGGAGCAGCAAGGACCUACCCCUUUCUACUGUGAUAGCCAAGAGAGAGUACCCCUCUCACAACUACCAGAGCGUAUCAAUCUCCCCUGAGGUAGUCCUGUUUGCAGCCACUUUCCCACCAGAGCCCGUCAUGUGUAGUUCUGAUGACGAGGACGAUGGGGGGGAGGACGACCAUAGCGCUGAGCGUUUUGUUAGGGUCGCUCCCCUCAGAGGCCUCGAUUUCCUUCGUCGUGCACAUGCCGCUCCUGUGUACUCGAACCCCCUUCCAUCUCUCAGCAGUGAAGAGUGGGAGCGCAAUCAGGACGAUGUGACUGAGCUGGUUGACUCGCCAUCCAAGGCCCCGCCUGCCACUCGUCCCGCCACGACAACCCCAGCUACCACUCGUCCCGCCACAUCAACCCCAGCUGCCACUCGUCCCGCCACAUCAACCCCUGCUGCUACUCCUCCCGCCACGACUACAUCGGUCGCCGUGACGUCGAAAAAGAGGCGCCGCUAUGAGCAAUCACACCUGCCAUUUGCACCGCCUCCUCCUAAGCCCCCCACUCCGCCACCGCCGGAGCGUGUCACUGCACCGUCAGCGAAACCGACAGUUGCGGAGAAGACGGCGAGGGCAUACGAAAAGGCGCAACAUAAGUACACCAAUGAUUGGCUCCCGAAAUUCCCAUGGCUGGUCCUUGAUAAAAAUGACGACGGAAUCCCGUGCUUGCGUUGCAGUGUUUGCAUGGAGCAUGGUGCAGUGCAUGCAAGAUACGGGCGUGAGGGCAGUGGCGGUCGGGAUCUGCAAGUCGGCUCGAUGCGAUGGCACCAGGAGAGUCAGAAGCAUGAAGACGCGGUGAGGAAGCAACAACACCUGCUGACAGAAGUGGAGAACCAGAAGAGGAUGGAAGACUUUGUUGCGAAUGACCCAGAGGGAGCGCGCAUCAUUCGGCUACUCCGCGCCAUGUUAUUCAUCUGCAAGGAAGAUGCGCCCAUCAGCAUGUUCACCCGCCUCGUGGGCUUCAUGGCGCAUGAAGGGGUGAAGGACGUUCCUAAGCAGAGCUACGGUGUCUACAUAACACAGUACGGCUUCAAGGAGAUGGUGAAAGCCAUGGUGGCUUUCUUGCAGGCGCAACAGAUGUCGCAUAUUCACGCAUCUCCAUUCAUCGGCCUCAGUUGUGACGAAAGCACCGACAGAACGCGGGGGAAGCACUUGAUCCUGUUUGCAACAUUUCUGAAGAAGCGGAAAGUGGUCACCGAGUUCCUAGCUUUGCUGACCGUGGACAAGUGCGACGCGGCUUCUCUGCAGGCGAUCAUCCUCUCCCACCUCGAGACCCUCGGCGUCGAUCUCCAGAAGAUCUCUGGCAUCAGUACGGAUGGGGCUUCUGUGAUGACAGGCGAGCAUCAUGGCUUGGUGGCUCGCUUACGAAUGCGCAUCCCGCACCUCGUGGGCGUCCAUUGCAUCGCCCAUAGAGAGUCCCUGGCUGUCAAGGAUGCUGCCGCGGCCUUCCCGGACUUCAAGAUCAUCGAUGCCGUCAUCCGCGCAUUGGGGGAGAUUGUUGGCCGUUCCACCCCAUGGUAUGAGCGCUUCAAGCACCUGCAGAUGGUCAUCCACAACACCAACCUGGAGCAUCAAGGACUCUACCUUAUCCGGUGGCUCUCACGUGGCGAUGCAAUCAAGAGGCUCUGCAGCAUUCUCGGAGCGGCGAUCGUUGUCCUCAUCGAGUACAACCACAAGCUGGCACCGGUUGUGAAGACGCUGAAAUUUCACUACUGCCUGUACUUCCUCGCUGACGUCCUCGCCGAGAUGAACACCCUCAACAGGUUCUUUCAGAGGCGCUCUGUGGACAUCACCCUGGUGUCCCAGGAGGUUGACCGCACGGUCACCUACAUCCGGCACCGUUACAUCGAGUACGGUGCGACAUUCGGGGGGGGGAUGAGCAAGAGGCUGACCAAGUUCCUGCAGCGGCAUGCCAGUGGCAAGCGCAGCAUCGUCGUCGAUGGCAUGGACAACGACGGAAGUCCCUGCACGCACGCAUUCGAACUCUCGGAGGAAAAGCUACCCGGCCACAAGUUCGGCGGCAGCAUGUCGGACUGUGAGGACCUUUGCUCUGCGUUCGCCAAAGACAUGGUGGCGAAUGUGGAGCAGAGGCUGUGGGAUCUGAAGCGGAUGGGCGGCGCGGGACUGUUCAAAGUUGAGUGCUGGCCGAAGAAGGCAGAAGUGCGCGAGCGGCGACAUCUCUCCUGGCUCGCAUCCAACGUCGCCCUCUUCGACCACAAGCUGCCAGGAGUGAACCAAAGGGCGGCCGAGCUGGAGCUCAAGACCUUUGUUCACAUCAUGAAGAACCACCGGGCGGAUGAUGACUUCAACCAGGGGCUGGCUGCCAUGCUCAAGACCCGCGACUGGCCUAAGAGCUAUCCCAACCUGAUGGCAUUGUGGCAGGCCAUGGCUGUGCUUCCACUGAGCACAGUGGAGUGUGAAAGAGGAUUCAGCAGACAGAACGUGAUCAAGUCGUGGCUGCGGACGAGCUUGUGCGAUGCAAGGCUGAGCGAACUCAUGACGAUCAACAUGCUGGACUACGACAUGGACUACGCCGAGAUCGUUGACAUCUGGAGGAAACAGAAGAUGCGAAAGCAGGCUAAGACAGUGGCCUAUGAGACUCCCCUCGACAAAGGCAAGAGUGCAGCCGAGGAUUCGGAUGAGGAGAUUGCAGCUAGUGAGGGUUCAUAUGAGGAUGAUGAUGAUGAUGAUGAUGAUUGAUGAGAUGCUGCUCUGUUACCGUGCCAUGUGGAUGUGAGACAAUACUU